AUGAAACUCUCGUUAGCAUUAUUGGCUACUACUUUAGCGGCCGUCGGAAGUGCAGCACCUCCACCUCAACAAUUGGUGUUGGGACUUGUGGAAGAAUCUUUAGGACUGAAUGUUCCAUUUAAGGGUGAACCCGUUGAACUUGACCAGUCCAAUCUUCCUAACUUCUGGGACUACUGGAGGAAGCCUUUUAUUGACACUGAGCAAUUGCAAGCUUUAAUCACCGAAUCCGGUUUACGUUCACGUGCUGAGACAUUGUUUAAUAUUUCUAAGGGUUCGAUUGGUGAAUAUGGACAUCCUACUCGGGUUAUUGGAUCCCAAGGUCAUUGGGGAACUAUUCAUUAUAUAUUGGAUGAAAUUAGAUCUUUGGGUUACUAUUAUGAUGUUUGGACUCAAAAGUUCAAUGCCAUCGAUGGUCGUGUGAAACUGGUGUCCCUUUUACUUGACGGUGUUAAGCCAAAGUCAUUAGAAGCUUUAAGUUUAACUCCUCCAACUCCCAAUGAAAGACCAGUUCAUGGUAACUUGGUUCUUGUGGAUGGGUUCGGAUGUCUGCUUGAAGAUUUCCCCAAGUCUGUUAAAGAUAACAUUGUUUUAAUUAAGAGGGGUCUUUGUGCAUUUAACGAUAAGUCUGUCAAUGCUGGUCUUCUGGGUGCCGUAGGUGCCAUUAUCUAUGACCCUGCUGGUGGUUUAUUACAUGGUACUUUGGGUGAACCAACUGGAAAGGAAGUUGCAACGGUAUCCAUUUCUAAGGAAGAUGCCCAACCUUAUAUUGAUUCUUUGUUAAAGGAUCCUCUGACUGAGAUUGAAACUACUUUGUAUGUUGAUUCUUAUGUCAAGAACGUUACCACUUUGAAUGUUAUUGCUGAAACUCGUUUCGGAGAUCACAAUAAUGUUGUUUCCUUGGGUGCUCAUUCAGAUAGUGUUGAAGCAGGUCCAGGUAUUAAUGAUGAUGGAAGUGGUACUAUUUCCCUUUUGGAAGUUGCCAAAUCUUUAUCUCAUUUUAAGGUUAAGAAUGCUGUGAGAUUUGCUUGGUGGGCUGCUGAAGAAGAAGGAUUGUUAGGGUCUACUUACUACUCUGAACAUUUGAGUCCUGUUGAGAACCAGAAGGUUCGGUUAUUCAUGGACUAUGAUAUGAUGGCUUCUCCCAACUAUGAAUAUGAAGUUUAUGAUGCCAACAACAAAGACCAUCCUGCUGGUUCUGAAGACUUGAAACAAUUAUACAUUGACUGGUAUGUUGAUCAUGGAUUGAACUAUACUUUAAUUCCAUUUGAUGGUCGUUCCGAUUAUGUUGGUUUCAUUGAUGCUGGUAUUCCUGCUGGUGGUAUUGCUACUGGUGCUGAAGUUCUUAAGGGUAAGAAAUCUUGGGCUAAAUUUGGUGGUACUGUUGGUGAUGCCUUUGAUCCAUGUUACCAUCUGUUAUGUGAUGAUUUAGGUAACCCAGACUAUGGUGCUUGGGUUAUUAAUACAAAGUUGAUUGCUCAUUCUGUUGCUACUUAUGCUAAAACGUUUGAUGGUUUCCCAGAAAGAUCUCCUAUUAACGAAACCAUCACUGCAACCUCAAACACUCCUUCUGACUCUUUCAAAUAUAGAGGAAGCAAGUUGAUUAUUUGA